AUGAAUCACAACACCAACAUCCACUUUGGGAACCGGACACUGAUCCCACACGAUCUCCACGGCCGGAGUUACCAAGACCCAGCCGUAAGCAUCGUGCCACAUCCGUUCCCUCCCAACCGCGCUCAUCCGACGUUUGAAGGACCUAGCCGAGACGAGCAUCAUUACCAUCAUCAUCAAAACCGACCUCCGGUUUAUCAUCAACCACCUAGACCAGUGUUGCAUUCACACCACGACCAUGUUCUCAAUAGGCGGAGAGAUAGCCAUUUCGAUGCCGUGCUUGAGGGUUUCAUGGAGAGCCAAAGAAGAACUAGCCGCGACAUUGAGACAAAGCUAGAGUUCACGCGAUACGAACUAGAUGGAAGACUUGGAGAACUCUCUACCCAAAUAGAGAGAGUAGAGUCAAGAUGCUUGGACAUGGAGGAAGAUUUGAAGAAGCAAGGCGAGGCCAUUGAAGACAAUAGGAGAGCGAUACACUUUACCAAAGUUUCUACCAAGGAGAUGGACAAUCACUUAGAUGAGAAGAUCUCAAGUCUUGAUAACAACCUCGAUGGCACCACCAAGAGUCUCAAUUCAAUAACAGCAGUAGCUCAUCAAGCUAAGAGGGAGGUAGCCGAAGUGACACUAAAGGAGAGGCAAUGUUACUCGACAAUGCUUACAUUGGUGGAAGGGCAAAAACAAGUGAAGGCACAAAUCCGAGAUUUACACAUCUCUCUAGACAAGAGGAGCCAAGAUAUUCAAAGAAGAGCUAGAGGGCUUGAAGACAAAGUAGAUGGAGUCUCCAAGGAAGUCAAGGAUUUAACCACUCGCUUAGCCAACUUGGAAGAGAAGGUCUUGACCGAGCAAAGACGACCGUUCCUAAGCACAACCAUGCCGCGCCCGUCUUUACUAUAA